GAAGGGGUGGGGGCUUGGAGGAUUUAUAAAGGCUCACAAGCUUCUCAGAGUGCAAAAGAGAGAAGAAGAGAUAAAGACUCACACUUUUACUUGUGCAGAAUAACACAGAGGUGACGACCAUGCGAUCGCUUCUGAGGUGUGUGACUCUGUGCGCCGUCCUCGUGAUCACAAUGUGCUACGACUCUGAGGAGAGUAAUGAGUCUUAUGAAGACAUGUUUGUGAACCGCUACAGAGCAAACGCUUUCUUUAAUGAACGCAACAACCGCCAAUGGCAAAGACGUUACAAGCCUCAGGCUGAACUGCAAUCUGAGAUUUGUGAGAAUUACUUUAAUUGUCGAAUGUUGGCUCGUCGCCACGGCUCCCAGGCAGCCUAUCAGAGGUACUUCGGUGGUCGCCAGGUUAACAACGUGCUGCGCUACUGAGCAGACCUGCACACUGUGGGUCAAUGAACCGUCACACUGUGGGACGUUUAACAUGAUAUCUGUGUAAUCAAACCCAGCUUCUCUACAGUCACUGUUUUAUUUGUGUAUCGCUGAUUAAUCUUUCUGAUGUCUGACUCAGGUUAAAGCAGAUGAACUAAACAAACAUCAGGUGAUAGAAAUGACCUCAAUAAGAAGAUUUAUUAAUCACGAACAACUGAAUCAUGUUGUAAUGUGAACACAAUCUAGUUUAGAAUGGAAACCGGUCGGUAAACCGAAUCUGAUCAGUUUAUCAGCCGUGACCCGAUCGUUCGGUUUUUUUAUUUAGAACAGAAUCAAACAAAAUGACAUCUAAUAUUUUUAUUAAUUAUUAAAUUAAAUCAGAUUAAACCAAAUUCAUCUAAACUGAAUCUAAUUAAACCAGAUCAGAAUCAGCGUUUGUGUAAUCAAAUAUUUAUCUAAUAUUAUUUUCUGACGUAACCUUUGCUGUAUUUCUAAGUCUUUCUACUUACCCACACACACACACACACACACACACACACACACACACACUCAUUAUCUUCACAGAUGUUACCUCACACGCUUUCACGCAUAAUUACGGCUGUUUUUGAAAUGAUAAUAAUAAAGAAAAUGAAAUAAAAUGUUCAUCACAAAA